UGGGAGGGAGGCUACCCCGAGAUCGUGAAGGAGAACAAGCUGUUCGAGCGCUACUACCAGGAGCUCAGGAUCGUGCCCGAGGGCGAGUGGGGCCGCUUCAUGGACGCCCUCAGGGAGCCUCUCCCGGCCACUCUGAGGAUUACCGGUUACAAGAGCCAUGCAAAAGAAAUUCUCCACUGCUUGAAGAACAAGUAUUUUAAGGAGUUGGAGAACCUGGAAGUGGAUGGUCAGAAAGUUGAAGUUCCGCAGCCCCUGAGUUGGUAUCCUGAAGAACUUGCCUGGCACACAAAUUUAAGUCGAAAAAUCUUGAGAAAGUCCCCUCGGUUGGAAAGGUUUCAUCAGUUUCUGGUCAGCGAGACUGAGUCUGGAAACAUCAGCCGUCAGGAAGCAGUCAGCAUGAUCCCGCCACUGCUGCUGAACGUCCAGCCACACCACAAGAUAUUAGAUAUGUGUGCAGCACCCGGAUCAAAGACCGCACAGUUGAUUGAAAUGCUCCAUGCCGACAUGAAUGUCCCCUUUCCAGAGGGAUUUGUCAUCGCUAAUGAUGUGGACAACAAGCGCUGCUAUUUGCUGGUUCAUCAGGCCAAGAGGCUGAGCAGCCCCUGCAUCAUGGUGGUGAACCAUGACGCGGCCAGCAUCCCGAGACUCACGGUGGAUGUGGAUGGAAGGAAGGAGGUUCUCUUCUACGACCGGAUUCUGUGUGAUGUCCCCUGCAGUGGGGACGGCACCAUGAGGAAGAACAUUGAUGUCUGGAAGAAGUGGAGCACCUUGAACAGCCUGCAGCUGCAUGGCUUACAGCUGCGGAUCGCGACGCGUGGCGCAGAGCAGCUGGCGGAAGGGGGGCGCAUGGUGUACUCCACGUGCUCCCUGAACCCCGUCGAAGACGAGGCCGUCAUCGCGUCUCUCCUGGAAAAGAGCGAAGGUGCUCUGGAGCUGGCCGAUGCAUCUGCCGAGUUGCCAGGGCUGAAGCGGAUGCCCGGGCUCACACAGUGGAAGGUCAUGACUCGAGAAGGGCAGUGGUUUGCAGACUGGGAUGAGGUUCCCCACAGCAGGCACACCCAGAUCCGGCCCACCAUGUUCCCCCCCAAGGACCCUGAGAAGCUGGAGGCGAUGCACCUGGAGCGCUGCCUGCGGGUGUUGCCACACCAUCAGAACACUGGAGGGUUCUUCGUGGCGGUGUUGGUGAAGACGUCUCCGAUGCCGUGGAAUAAGCGUCAGCCAAAGGUCCAGGGUAAAUCUGCAGCGAGCAGAGACAGCACGGAGCUGAGCCCUGCAGCUCCCGAGGAGGGGGAGACCCCCGAGCAGCACAGUCAGGAGGCCGCAGAGACAGGGGACGCAGAGGCCAUGCCGGCGGCUGAGGACCCGGAGAGCAGCGAAAGCAGGAAGGACGGCGUGUGCGGGCCACCCCCGUCAAAGAAGAUGAAGUUGUUUGGAUUUAAGGAGGACCCGUUUGUGUUCAUCCCCGAAGAUGACCCUCUCUUCCCGCCUAUUGAGAAGUUCUACGCUCUGGAUUCCUCGUUCCCGAGAAUGAAUCUGCUGACGCGAACCACUGAGGGGAAGAAGAGGCAGCUCUACAUGGUGUCCAAGGAGCUGCGGAACGUGCUGCUCAACAACAGCGAGCGGAUGAAGGUUAUUAACACAGGGAUAAAGGUCUGGUGCCGAAAUAACGGUGGUGAAGAGUUUGAUUGUGCUUUCCGCUUGGCACAAGAGGGAAUAUAUACACUGUAUCCAUUUAUUAACUCAAGAAUUAUUACGGUGUCCAUGGAGGAUGUGAAGAUCCUCUUGACCCAGGAAAAUCCGUUUUUUAGAAAACUCAGCAGCGAGACAUACAGUCAAGCCAAGGACAUGGCGAAGGGAAGCGUUGUGCUGAAGUACGAACCGGAUCCCACGAAUCCGGAGGCCCUGCAGUGCCCCAUUGUGCUGUGUGGCUGGCGGGGAAAGGCCUCCAUCCGGACUUUCGUGCCCAAGAAUGAGCGGCUGCACUACCUCAGGAUGAUGGGGCUGGAGGUGCUGGGUGAGAAGAAGGAGGGGGCGCCCCCUCCCAGCGAGCAUGUGGCCAGCUCUGGGCCGCCGGAGGAGCUGGAGGAGCUGGCGGAGCCGCCCCUAGCCGGAGAGGCCCGCCUUGCGGACCCAGGCACCACGCAGGGCUGCGAUCCAGCUCCGGAGGGGCCACCCCGGUGAGGACGCCCCGAGCCCUACGCUGCCUUUCGUGGGCCUCGGAGUCCAACCGAAGCCCAAAGCCACCUCUGCACCGGGCGGUGUUAAAGACCGACCUGCACAGUGGCUGGGUCGGUGCUGGGCCCCAUACUGCCUUCUGGGGAUCAGCUCGCUGUCCAGUGUGGUCUGCAGCCGAGGGUUGAGUGUCCGCAGAGGGUUCAGGCCCUUUACUAUGCCUACGCCUGCCUAAAGUUGGGCUUUUUAAAGUUAUUUAUAGGCUGCGUCCAGCUGCUAGGGCUGUGAGCGCGUCAGUCCACAAGGUGACUGGCGUGCAUGGUGGCUGUGGGCCUGUGCCUUGGUGACGAAGGGUAAGGGGACCUUCAGAGCCCGCGUGCUGUCUGGGCUGUGGGACUGUGGGCUGUGUGUGCUUUUAUUCAGCGGGUGCUUAGCAGCUUUCAUUUUUAAAGGGGGUUGGAAGCCCUCAGAAUGUUUAAAUAAAGAGCUAUAAUGACAGUGGAUCCCGUGGUACUCAUUCUCUCUUGAG